AUGAAGCAGAAAAAACAUGAUGCUAUUGUUUGUGAACCUAAAGAACUUCUGAAUCCCUCUCUCAAAGUAACACAUUGUUGCAAAUCACUGUGGGUGAAAUACAGUUUUCAGAAGGCAUACAUGACCCGACUUGUCAGCAACCAGCCAGUUUUAGCCAUGCCAAGGAACCCAGAUCACAGUACACCUUCUCAGCCCAAGGAGAAUAGCAUCGGCCAGAACCAUCACCAGGAGGAAAUAAUCCACAAGUUGGCCACGCAGCUGAAGGACAUUGGGGACAGCAUUGAUCAAAGGAUGGUUCAAGAGGAUUUUCAACAGGAAGGCAGAGAUGCACUGGCUCGUUUUGUCUUAGUUUUCUUCGGAGGAGUUCACGUGUUGUUGCGCUUUCUCUGGAAUAACCAUUUGAUGUAA